AUGAGAGAUCCAAAUACAUCGAGGUCUCGUGGUUUUGGGUUUUUGACAUUUGUAGAUCCAAGCGUCGUCAAUACCGUAUUGGUUAAGGAACAUCAGCUGGAUGGUAAAAUUGUAAGUGGUCAACUGAGAUAUUUAGAUUUUAUAAUUGAUCCAAAGCGUGCUAUUCCUCGCGAAGAACAAGAAAAAACCGAAAAAAUCUUUGUAGGAGGCAUCGCACCUGAAGUUACUGAGGAAGAGUUUAAGGAAUAUUUUUCGCAAUUUGGUCAUGUCAUCGAUGCUACUCUCAUGGUUGAUCGUGACACUGGCAGACCUCGUGGAUUUGGUUUUAUCACAUUUGAUUCUUCUGAACCUGUAGAAAAAGCGAUGAACCGACAGGAUUUGGAAAUCCGUGCUUCUGCAUUAGGUGGUCCAAGUUCUAGCAGUCGUCUUGGGGGUGGAUAUCGCCAUUCCCCCGGACGUGAUGACGGUUACGGUCGAGAUCAUCACCAUCAUCAUGGUUCUCCUAUGUACGGCAGUCGAGGUGGUAACUCACGAAGCGGUCCUACACGUUCUUAUUCGUCGAUGAAUGCAGGUGGUACUGGUGCGCUGUAUAGCAGUCAUAACGUUCGAGGACAACACAAUUAUCACCCUUAUGCUCGGUGA